AUGCGCGGGCGGGCGGGAGGACAGCUCCGAAGAGUGUUGUCUGUCUUCCGCGCCGCGGAUCACCGCAGAAGCGUUUGGACAGGUCGAGAUGGGAGGACGCACUUCAAAGGGAGCGGCCCGCGGUGGCAGGACCCCGAGCGCGUUCGGUUCUACCUCGGAGCGUCUGCAGCCGCAGUUGCCUUGUACGGGGCCUUCUGCUACAAGAACUCGCAGGUGGUGCCAUACAGCGGUCGGUCGCACGUCGUGAUGACGAGCCCGCGAACGGACGCAUAUCUCGGCGACAGAGCAGCGGUUCAGAUCGUCGCACAAGCGCGUCAGCGUGGCGCGCUCCUCCCGCCGCACCACAAGCUUUCGAUGCUCGUGCAGCGCGUCGGCGAGGCACUGACGCGCGUCGUCGAGGAGGGCGCUCGGAAGGGCGAGGGGGGUGGGUUCCAGGAGCACCUCGCGAGCGUCCAGUGGCGGUUCUACGUGAUCGACGAGCCUGUUGCCAACGCGUUUGCGACAGCUGGCGGCUCCGUGGUCAUAUACACGGGGCUCAUCAACCUGAUGCAGAACGUCGACGACCUCGCCGCGGUGAUGGCCCACGAGCUCGCGCACAUCGUGGCCCGGCACAGCGGCGAGCGCAUGACCAGGUCGCUCAUGUCGAUGCCCGCGCAAAUCUUCAUCUCGCUGGGGGCCGGCCUGCCUCCAGGCUUCGGGUCCGUGUUUCUGGAGCUGCCGCAGAGUCGUCAGAACGAGAUGGAAGCGGACAGCAUCGGUCUGCAGAUCAUGAGCAAGGCGUGCUUUGACCCCGCGGCGAUGGGCCGUGUGUUCGCCGCGCUGGACAUCGCGGCCAAGAAGUCCAUGGGAGGGACGCCGCCCAAGCUGCUCAGCACGCACCCGCCGAGCAAGGACCGCGUCAAGGCCGCCGCGGAGCAGGCUCCAUCGUCACUGCCCCUGACGCAGAAUGCAAGGUGUUUCGACUUCAGGCGGAGACUCGGCCUGACUCCCAUCGGCGACGUCACCGGGGCACUGCCCGGUUGGUGA